AUGGCGGAAGUCGCAACGCGGAAAUGCAUGGGGCUGGACUGUGACAAGAACGCAGGCACGUUGCAGUGUCCGACAUGCCUCAAGGCGGGCACGGAUAGCUUCUUCUGCUCGCAGGACUGUUUCAAACGGAGUUGGAGCGAACACAAGACUAUUCACAAGAAGAGUAAUUUCCUGGCCAACCUCUUCACUCCUAAAGUAGUUUCUGAACCAGAUCCAGCAACCGGCUUGUACAACCCUUUCCCCGCCUUCCAGUUUGCCGGCAACCUGCGCCCUGUCUACCCGCUGUCGGCUCCGCGAACCGUCCCCAAGACCAUCCCCCACCCCGACUACGCCAAGGAUGGCAUUCCUCGUUCCGAGCAGAAGUUCGUUGGCCGCAACAACAUCAAGAUCCUGAGUAAGGAGGAGCAGGAGGGCAUGCGCAAGGUGUGCCGUCUGGCCCGUGAGGUGCUGGAUAUUGCUGCACGGGAGUUGAAGCCCGGUGUCACGACCGAUUACAUUGAUGAGGUGGUGCACAAGGCUUGUAUCGAGCGUGAAUCGUACCCCUCCCCCCUCAACUACUACAACUUCCCCAAGUCGGUCUGCACGUCCAUCAACGAGAUUAUCUGCCACGGUAUCCCCGACCAGCGACCCCUCGAGGACGGCGACAUUGUCAACAUUGACGUUACGCUGUACCACAAUGGUUUCCACGGAGACAUCAACGAGACCUACUAUGUCGGUGACAAGGCCAAGGCCAACCCCGAUGCGGUGCGCGUGGUUGAGACGGCGCGUGAGUGCUUGGACAAGUCUAUUGAGCUGGUGAAGCCGGGUAUGCUGUUCCGCGACCCUGGAAAUGUGAUCGAGAAGCACGCCAAGUCCCGGGACUGCAGUGUGGUCAAGAGCUACUGCGGUCACGGUAUCAACCAGCUGUUCCACUGCGCUCCUAACGUUCCCCACUAUGCGAAGAACAAGGCCGUUGGUGUUGCCAAGCCCGGUAUGUGCUUCACGAUCGAGCCCAUGAUCAACCAGGGUACCCACCGCGAUCGUACCUGGCCCGAUGACUGGACCAGCUCCACGGCCGACGGAGCCUUCUCCGCCCAGUUCGAGCAUACACUUUUGGUUACGGAGGAUGGUGUUGAGGUGCUGACGGCGCGCUUCCCCGACUCGCCCGGUGGGCCUGUGCCCAUCCCGGCUGCUGCGGAAGCGUGAGUUUCAAGUACAUUGCAUGCAGGUAGCGUAACGAGAUAGAGCGUUUAUGAUUACGAGGGUUGGGUGUGAUGCGUGCUGUAUUGGCACUGUUUUGGGGUGUUCUAAGUGAUUCUUAUGCCGCUGUCUUUGUUCGUCGUUGAAGAUAUCCUUAGUGUAUAGGAGUGGACCAUGACCAUAUCCAUAUUUGUGUAUUUUGGUGUCUGGCAUUGCGUUGUCGCAGUAUAGGUUACUAUCAGACCAGGAUGAAGGUGAAACAAGGAAAACGUCCAGCGAGAUUGUAACAGGAGAGCGUAGUUAGCAUUACGUACACGGCCGGAUCGGAGAAGAUAGCCUUAACGAUAGAGUUGCGAUUGCGAUAUCCGAGAAGAGACCAUCGC